AUGAUUCUGAUUGCUCUACUUUUAACAACAACACUUUCAGUACUUUGCGAAAGUGAAAUGACAUUUUCAGAACAACACGACCUUGUGAUUGAAGGAAGUUUGUCGUGUCAACUCAUUUUGUCCAACUGUGAUUGUCAAGUAACUGGAUCUGCGACUUUUUUAAAUCUCGAUAACUCAAACGUGGGCGCACUAAACGGCGAUUUCCAAGUUGUGAAGGCACAAAACUCUUCUCUGAAGAUAACUGGAAUUAAAAACACAUUACUAUUUGGCGAUAACUCAACACAAUCACCACCAUACGUCAAAUUGAAUAUUCUCGAACUUACAAAGACAACAAUCAACAGCGUGAACUCCACACAGGAAGGGGAAGUUAUAAUUGAUAAGUGGAUUGAUCACGAUGCAAAUGAAGUGAAACACCUCGGCGAUUUCCCAAUUUUCACGAUCAAGUCCGUACAAAUCUUUUCUGGUAACUUGGCGCUCAAAACAUAUUCGUCAACGCUUACCACAGUGGAAAGCUGUGCUCCGUCGUUUUGCAAAACCGUCAAAAAUUCGUUUUUCAUCACAACCGACUCCACACAACUUGCUCUCUUCAAAAAUGAAAUAGAAUGUGUAACUUAUGGAACACCAUCCGAUAUCUACUUUGGAACAAAGAACCUCACGAGAAAUAUGUGUCCAUGUAACGAUGGGAGUGACAUUUGCGCAAUCACUUUAACGAUAUAUGGUAAAAUAUUUGACCAAACUGUGUUGCAACCAUUUCACACAAAACACAAACUCAAUAUCAUCGGAACAACAUUCUCACAACUCGAUUAUUACGAUAACAUCACUGUGUUGUCAUUAAAAGCAGGCGGAGUUAUUCAAACACUUCAGAAUAUUCAAAUUGAAGAAAUGUAUUUAAACGGCGGAGUUAUUUCAAACGAUGUUGUCAAUGUCACAACAAACAAAUUGUAUGGGAUUCAAGGACAGUUCGCGAAAAAGGUGUCGAACUGCACACUUGGAGAUGUUGUUUUUCAAUACAUGUUUUUAGCCGACUUCGAACUCAUUAAAGCAGACAAUUUCAUAUCACAACACCAAAUAAGCACUUUAGUCAAUUUUUAUAAUCUUUCAGUGACACACACUCUGUCCCUUGAAGACCCAAUUGUCGUCAAUCAACAAAACACGUUUGGAAACGUGUCGAAUGUCGAUUGCAACACUUUUGUUGUGAAAAACGUGAUGGUGUACAACAACUUUGAAAUGAUUAAGGCCAAUGCGCUGACGAUGGAAAAUACCGGAAUAUUCUAUGUUGGUGAAAUUGUAGCCGAUGAGGUUGUUAUUAACAAACACACGGGGUACGUCAUCGCCAAUGUGACUGCUCGUCUAUUGAAUAUCACCGAAUUUGAUAAACCCGUUGGGUACAGGUACAAUUUCCUCGAAUUUACUGACGCCGAUACCAUCAACGUCAACGACUCGCUCAUUUAUUUUGUGUCGUCCACGUACUUCAAAAAAGGCUAUUUCACUAACAGCGAGAUCAGACAGUUCACGAGCACAUAUGCGGAAAAGAUGACAGCAAACAAUUUGUGGUACUACGAAUCGGACUCGACGUUGAUAUCCGCAAUUGUGUUUUUCAGAGGCGAAUUGGGGCAAGUGAUUGUAACAAACACCACAGAAGUCUUUUUAGAAGUUGUCGAAAUUGAAGACCUCCAACACGAAGGCAAAGUUGUGUUAACUGAAAUUGAUACGGUUCAUGUAGGAAGUAUUAACUCUCCAUCAGACGUUGAAAUAGAGAAUACGCUCCAUGUUGAUAGUGUCAGUGCACGAGGUACAAUCAUUUUCGACAACUCAAUAAACACAACUGUCAGCGCGACAAGUUGUGUAUUUGUUGUUGGGACGUUUAGUAUUAAAAUGAAUAGUGCAACUCGAAUAACACUAAUCGAAAAGACAGUCAGCCUUCUUCUGGAAACAUUGAACAGCCCUACACUUACAUUUAUGUCCCUCAAAUGCAACUCGAGUAUCCACGUUUCACCACUUGACUAUUUACCACCAAAGUUUGUUGUUGUGAAGAUCGAGGAUAACUGUGCUGCAAGGGUGCUCAUCGACUUUAACAUUCCUUUUUAUAGUAGUGGAGCUGUUAUUUCAGGAGGAAAAAUUGCAUGUAAUCAGAUGGCAUUUACCACAGACGACUACAUCGAAGAGUUUGAAACAACAAAGAUGCCAUUUCCAACAUGGGCAUAUAAAAACAACAACAAAUGUCUUCCCAAAAAGUGUCUUUUAGGGGGUGUUGGUGGUGGAGUCUUUUUCUGUUCGAAUGGAGAAAGCUGUACCAAAAAUUGUGAUGUUGUUUUAACUGAUCAGAUUGUGUCUAUGUCUUGUGGCAUUCAAGAUAUGUACUUAUCAACAAAUGUACAGAAAAUGGUAUUAAGUGCGAGUUGUGCCGUUUCAGAUAUCUACAUUGGUGAAAAUGCGUUGACCAUAUUUACUGGAGAGAAUUACAUUAUGUGUAAUUCUUUUGAGGGUAAUGGCGGUAUUGAUGUCAACGUGCAUGCGGCUGUGAAUUGUGAAAAAGUUCAUUUGGACAGCGUGAGAUUGCGAGUGUUUGGGACAAUGAAGGGAAAGGAAUUGAACACAACGACUAUUUCAAUGACGGCGGACUCGAGAAUCGAGUAUACAACAUUAAAUGUUGAUAACAUGAAAUUGGAGAACGAGUGCGAGUACUCAACGAGCGACCCAUUGAUAUCAUGCGACAAUAUAAAUAGCGAGAAAAUUAUGUUUGAUAUUCCGGAGUGUUAUAAAACGGUUGAGAGUUUAGAGUUGAUCAUUGUGAGGAAAGGAAUACGAUUUAAUACAGAAGGAGAAGUUGUAAUCGCGUGCGAGAUGUUUGUAGUCGUAACGAAUGGGACGAAUGGAAUUGGUAAUGUGAGGUGCUCCAAAUUUGGGAUAAGCAAAUAUUGCUAUUUGGUUGGAGAAACUGUAGCUGACAGCGUGUCGUAUGAUUACACCAAAAGUACCCACACAACGUGUCCAUGUGUUAGUGAUGAAUUUUAUGGAUGUUCGUACAUCAUCGACAGUCCAAGUGUGUUAGUAAGUGGGGACAUAAAUGCGUUUGAAGUUGUUAUAAAACAGUGUAAUGUAUUGAAAGGAGACACUUUCAAUGUGAGUGUACAACUUACUGCUCAAGACAGUUUUAGUUUAGACGCAAAUACAAUUAUUGUCAAUCGAUUGUGGAUAAAUAAAGGCGUGAACAUGUCUAUGAACGGAAAUGCGGAAAUCACUUUAAUCAAUGGAUUUGGAAAAAUGACGCAAACGGGGGUUAUGAGAGUCAAGGACUUGUUCACUAUUGAGUUACACCCAGAAAAACUGAAUGGAACUAAAACGAUAAAUCCGGGCAUUUUGUACUUGGAUAACAGUCUUAUUCAGCUCGAAGAAAAGUCAAUAUUCUAUUUGAAUAAUUCCAAAGUUGUUUACACAACACAAAAAACAACACCAAUUGUGUCUUAUGGUGCGAACAUCAUUGGAAUAGUGAAAACGACUGUUGUCGAUUUUCCAGAACACACGUGCACUGUAUUUUUGGAGAUGAAGUCCAAUCCCAUAUUGUAUUUCAGUGGUGAGUUGAUAUCUCCAGAAAAUGACUAUAAAAUGGAAAGAACGUGCCAUGGCAAAACAAUCAUUUUCUGCAACUCUCCAGCGGAAGUGUAUCAGUGCCCAAGUGAGACGUGUUAUUAUGUAAAUCAAGACAAAGCCGUUGACAGUAGUGAGGGGUACAAUACCACGGAAUGCCCAUGUGGAUUCACAGACGGCAAUUUGAUAUACAGCGACAAUGGGUGUAUUAUUAGCGCACUUGGGACGCAGAGUGUAACUGGGUUAUAUGGAACAUUCAGAGACUUUAUCGUCGAAAAUGGUACUGAACUAAUCACACGAAAAGAGGUGGUUAUCACACAAUUCCAACCUAAAGCAGAGAUGUCAUUUAAAGGUGUUGGAAAGGUAACAAUAAAUGUUAAAACCGCGUUUAUGGAUAUGUUUACAAUUACAAAUGAAGUUGAAUUGAAUAUUGGUCACAUCUAUGGUAGCUGUGAGAUUACAAGCAACAACAACAUUUCUUUGGCAGAAGUAGACAAUUUUCUUAAACUCACUGUCAGUGGGUCAGAUGUGCACUUCACCAAGAGAAAUGUCAAAACUCUUGAGUUAAUAACGAGUAACAGUUCUAUUGUUUUGGACGACGGCAUUGCGUGCGAUUCGUUUAAUGUGACCACCAAUGGAUUUGUUUCUCCUUUGAUGAAUAUGCCAGAAGGAAGUACAUUUGUUUGUAGUACCUUUGAUUACAAAGGGAAUGAUAGUGGGAUGUUGUUGGAAUCCAUUCGAGAUUCAAUUCUUAUUGAAAAAUUGGUGAGUGGAUACAUUGACGAUGAAAAAUCGUUUCUGUCGACUGAGAAGAUGACACGAAGUCAUACAUACUGCAAACUGGAAGAUGGAGUGUGGAACAGUACAAAGUGCCCAUGCAGUGGUGAUAGUUGCCAUAUUAUAUUACUGAACGGUGAACAAGACGUCAUAAACAGUUUCAACGUGAAAGAAAUGAAAAUCAUUGGAGGAAAGCACCACAUGAAGGGAGAAGUGAGGAGUGAGAGUAUCUACAUCGAUGGGGAUGUCAUAUUUACAGACAUCAAAUGCAACAAUUUUACCAUGAACGAAUCCACUGACUGUGACAUCAUAUUGGAGAAGUACGAGAUAUCUAAAAUGAAGGGAAAGGCAUUUAGCGUGACGAGUAACAACGAAGGAACUAUCACACAAAUAGAAGGCAACUUGGUCAGACUUUAUAUCAAAAAUAAAAUACAAACAAAAUACGUGAAUAUAAAUAAUUUGCAUCUACAUCAAAGCCACACAAACCAAGUGAUGAUUGAUAUCGAAAAUGAAAAUGGUCUAUUCGUUGUCGACACGAGUUACAUCUACCUCUUUGAGCCAUUAGAAAACAAGUACUUUUUGAUCAAAAGUCCAGUAAUCCCCAUUCUAGACACCAUCCAUCUUUAUAAACUCAGUGAGGCAAAUUCGUUGAGUGAAGUUGAAGACAUGUACCUAACUGUGAUAUGCAAGAACUAUUUGGCUUUACUCGCGGAUGUCAAUGAUGGUGAAUGCCCAAUGGAUGACUCGAGUGAUGCAAACCAUCUGAUAUGGCUUGUCGUGAUUCCUGCAUUCUUAGUUGUCGUAUUACUUCUAUUGGCAGCCGUAUUUCUAUCAUUCAAGUUGAGGAAGUACAUCGCCAAUAAGAGGCAGUUCCAUCGACUUUUCUAG